GCUCAGACUCUCGUAUGUUUGUCUGUCUCUUACUCUGUGACUCUCUCUCUCUCUCUUUCUCACUCUCUCAAGCCUCUGCCCUCCUCCAGCUCUCUCUCUCUCGCCUUUGUCUCCAUCGUCGUCGGGUACGGGAGCAUCACUGCCAUCGCGCACGAUCACCACCGUCAAUCCACCAUUGGAGCAUUGCCCCAGCUCUGUUCUUGACACUGGCGAGCUCGGACACAAGAAGGCCACUCUCACCAGGCUCAAGUCUGGUGUCGAACGUGUCUUCGCUUCCAUCGACGUCUACGACCAAGGAUCUGCGUAUGCGAUUCCACCAUUUCCUUUCUCUUUAGUCUUCUUUGAUCUCUCUGAAAUUAUCUCUAGACUCAUCAUAAAUGUGAUUGGUAAGCAUGAAAGCAGUGGCCCUUUUGUUUGAGUUUGAGAGGAGGAGGGUCUUUAGAGUCGUAAUACAUGGAACCAUUUCAAUCUCUCUCUCUGCCGCUACCCAAUUCCAUUCUUCAAGUUUCAGCUUCUCCACCCUCCUCCCUCAUAAUCAUUAUUCAUCUAAGAAUGAGACUUCAAUUUCGAUCCACGAAGGAGGAAGAGAAGAAGAAGAAGAAUAACCAAAGAGUUUGUGUUGGAGGAUUGAGAAGCUCCCAAGAACAGAGCCUAUUGGGUCUGCCUUCCAGAGCUGGAUGGGUGACGGAUUUCCCAUUCACAGAGGCCAUGUCUUUCACACCAUCAACCGCUUAAGGAAGCUCCAUUUCAACAAACGCGCUCUCGAGCUUGGAUCAUUGCUUUCUAUGUAUGGAUGCUACCAAUAUCAUAAUAAAGUUGGUGGCGAUAGAACCGAGGAUUUUGAUGUCGAGCAAGGCACUAAUUCAAAUGAAUCCAAUGGGAAAAAACACUUGGAAUCCAAUCAAGAACAUCAAGUUCGCCAAACUGCAAGAUUUUGGGGUUAUAUCUUUCAAAUAGUUUUCCAGAUAAAUGCAGGUGCGGUGAUGCUCACGGACUGCGUCUUUUGGUUCAUAAUUGUACUGUUUCUAGCAAUCAAAGAUUACGAUUUGAAUUUUUUGAUUAUAAAUAUGCAUACCAUCAAUGCUGUUUUUCUGCUCGGCGACACUGCUUUGAAUUGCUUGGUGGCCAUAUCCUUUUCUUGAUUUGUCGUCUACAUUUGCUCCACUAUGAUGGUUUUAGACAUACAAAUGUGGAUAUGAUUUUUUUUGACAAGUACGGAAGGGCAUUGUUUUUAUACGUCUACCCGUAUAUAUAGUGGUUUGUACAAAUUACUUUUUUGGUGUGGUAAAUAUAAGCUAAUUUGGCAUGGUAGAAAUUAGCAUAUAUGCUAAUUUAGGUUGUGGUACAUAUGUCCUUUUUGUUAAUUAAUUUGGUUAGUCCUGUAUUAUGUAUGAAAUGAAAUUAUUGACGUUGGAUUAGACUUGGUUCGUAUGGAAUUUGUAUUAUAUAUAGAAUUGGACGUUCAAUAUUAAUGUUUUGGAUGGUUGGAGCUAAAAUGUGUGCACAUUGUUGAAUGCUUGAAUGGUUGAUAAUAUAUUUAG